AAAGGGGUUAUUGUCCUGCCUCCAUGCCCUCGGCUGACAACUGAGGAUUUCAUUUGACAACUUCAAGGUGGAACAUGAAAAGACCAAAACAAGAACCGUAGCCCCUACUCCUUUUCACCCCCUCCCGUCUACUUGGGGGAGAGAAAAACAAUCUGCCUCAUCACUCUGUGGUGGCUGGGUUUGGCUCUUUGUCGGUGCAGGGGGGGCAGCAGGCAGGCAGCGUGAAUGCAUAUCAUGACCACAAUAGAGCAAACGAGCACAGUUCAGCCAUGAAAGCCCAGCGGGAGAGGCUAAGAAUUCCAGGGCUGACGCUGGACCUCACUCCUCGAAGCUUGAGCCCCACUCCCACUAGCCCCUGCAGUCCGUGCAGCCCACUGCACGCUUUUCAUUUCUGGAGUGGAGGACGAGGUGUCCUCCAUGCCGGGGCGUUUAUGCCGCAGCUGGCUGCAGAUGUUUCUGUGCAGAGGAAGUUUGGACCUAAGGACAGCACUUAUAAGGACAGCUCUAGGGGUCGCAACCUCCUGAACCCCGACGGCCAUAGAUUCUCAUCAGGCCCUCAAAAGCCCCCUUUACAUCUGCCGCUCUGGUAUGACCGGGAGAUGAUGUCAGACUCUAGUCCGUGGACAUCACUGUCCAACUUCAAUAUACCAAAUUUCUUCAGCGGAUCUCGUUUGCGCCGCUCCAAAAGCUGUAGAACGAGCAACAGAAAAAGCCUGAUAGGAAGCGGUCAGUCAUCAGGGCUACCACGACCUCACUCUCCUCUCUCAUCUCUUACAGGAACAAGUCCACAAGACAGCCCCAGAAAUUUCUCUCCCAGUGCCUCUGCUCAUUUCUCCUUUGCACGAAGUCAUUGCCACAGAGCAGACAGGACUGAUGGCCGGCGCUGGUCUUUGGCCUCUCUUCCAUCCUCUGGAUAUGGAACCAACACACCCAGCUCCACAGUCUCUUCAUCCUGUUCAUCACAGGAGAAGCUGCACCAGCUGCCCUUCCAGCCAACACCUGAUGAACUGCACUUCCUCUCCAAGCACUUCUGCACUGAGAGCAUCUCUGGGGAAGAAUGCCGCAGAGCCACAACCAUGCGACCCCGCUCACGCAGUCUCAGCCCUGGAAGAUCUCCGUCUUGUUAUGACCAUGAGAUUAUAAUGAUGAAUCACGUCUACAAGGAGCGGUUUCCUAAGGCCACUGCUCAGAUGGAGGACAGAAUUCAGGAGAUCAUCCGCAGCAACUCUCCAGAGAGCGUCCUCCCUUUGGCAGACGGAGUGCUCGGGUUUGCCCACCACCAGAUAAUCGAACUUGCCCGUGACUGCCUGGAAAAGAGCCGGCUCGGACUCGUCACCUCCAGCUACUUCUGCGAACUCACUGACAAGCUGGAGAGGCUUGUUCAAGAGGCGAGCACACAUUUGAAAACCCAAGAAAUAUGUUUGAAAGACUACGAAAAAUCCACAGAGAGGUCGGAUAGCGAGGAGGUAAACUUCAUCAGAGAGCUGGUGAAGAGGAUCCUCAUAGUGAUCGCUCGUCCUGCUCGUCUGCUGGAAUGUCUGGAGUUUGACCCUGAGGAAUUUUACCACCUUCUGGAGGCUGCUGAAGGACAUGCUAAAGAGGGCCAGGGCAUCAAAACGGACAUCCCUCGUUACAUCAUCAGCCAACUAGGACUCACACGAGAUCCUUUAGAAGAAAUUGCUCAGCUGACCAGCUGUGACAGCGGGAUUGCAGAAACCCCAGAAACAGAUGACUCUUCUCAGAGCCUUGGAACAGCCUUGCAGUCCCGAAGGAAACCCUGUGAAUUGGACUUUGAGAUGACAAAACUCAUCAGCAAUGGUGCCUAUGGUCUGCUGGUGACUUCAAUGGGUCACAUUAAACUCACUGACUUCGGACUUUCCAAAGUUGGGCUGAUGAAUAUGACCACUAACCUGUAUGAAGGACACAUAGAGAAGGAUGCAAGAGAGUUCUCUGAUAAGCAGGUUUGUGGAACCCCAGAGUACAUUGCCCCAGAGGUGAUCCUAAGACAAGGCUAUGGUAAGCCAGUGGACUGGUGGGCGAUGGGCAUCAUCCUCUAUGAGUUCCUUGUGGGCUGUGUGCCUUUUUUCGGAGACACGCCGGAGGAGCUGUUUGGACAGGUCAUCAGCGAUGAGAUCAACUGGCCUGAAGGAGAGGAUGCUCCCCCUUCUGAUUCCCAGGAGCUCAUUACCUUGCUUCUGAGACAGAAUCCUCUGGAAAGAAUGGGAGCAGGCGGAGCUGCUGAGGUGAAGCAGCAUCAGUUUUUCCACAGUCUGGACUGGAAUGGCCUGCUAAGACAAAAAGCAGAGUUUAUUCCACAGUUGGAGUCUGAAGAUGAUACAAGCUACUUUGACACUCGCUCGGAGAGAUAUCAUCACCUGGAAACUGAGGAAGAGGAUACAAACGAUGAAGACUUCAAUGUGGAGCUACGGCAGUUUUCCUCCUGUUCUCACAGAUUUUCUAAGGUUUAUAGCAGCCUAGAUUUGUCCCGUGGACACCUGGAAGAGAAGGGAGAGGCAGAGGAGAAGAAGAGUGAGAGCCCGCUGACUGUGGACUCUCUCAGCUGGACGCCAGACUUUGCUGAAAUGCCUUCGCUGUCCCACUCGACAGACACGGACAGCAUGAUUCAGGGCUCCCGUCCAAAUCUGCUGCCAAAGUUUGCCAUCUCAGCUGAGAGCGAAGGGGAGGACACCUCAGGCCUGGGUGACCCCAGCAAGGCCUCCUUCUCUAUCGGAGAGCUGCCACAGGAUGAACCUGAUGUCGCCACUCCUGGAAGCACUCACAGUGGAGCCACACUCUCUGGAAGUUUCUCAGAACACCUCGACCUGCUGACACCCCGAGGUGAAGGUCUGGAAAGCCCGGACAACACCAGUCAUGGCUCUACAGACCAGGGGCCUCAAACCACUUUGUUACGGCCUGACAGUGCAGAGAGGAGCAGGGCUUUGGCAAAAGUCCCAAAGUCCGUGUCAGCUGGAAACCUUUCCCUUAUGAUCCCUGGGGAUAUCUCCGGGGCGUCUCCGCUGGCCAGCCCUCUCUCUCCUUACUCCCUUUCGUCAGACCCAUCCUCAAGAGACUCCUCACCAAGCAGAGACUUCUUAAAUUCUACCACUAACCUGCGACAGCCUGUCAUCAUUCAUAGCUCUGGAAAGAAAUUUGGCUUCACGCUGAGGGCAAUCCGGGUGUAUGCUUGUUACAGUGAUAUUUACACUGUCUAUCACAUGGUCUGGAGUGUAGAAGAUGGGGGACCUGCUUUUAAAGCAGGACUCAAAGCUGGAGACCUUAUAACUCAUGUGAACGGAGAACCGGUUCAUGGUCUUGUCCACACUGAAGUGGUGGAACUCCUACUUAAGAGUGGUAGCAAAGUGGCCAUCUCUACAACACCUUUUGAAAACACUUCGAUAAAAACUGGUCCAGCCCGGAGGAACAGCUAUAGGAGCAAGAUGGUGCGAUGCGGCAAAAAGCCCAAGAAGGAGAAAACACCAGAAAGGCGGCGCUCUCUUUUCAGGCGUUUUGCCAUGCAGCCUUCUCCUCUCCUCCACACGAGCCGCAGUUUCUCCUCCCUCAACCACUCUCUGUCAUCUGGUGAGAGUCUCCCCGGCUCCCCCACUCACAGUCUCUCCCCUCGUUCCCCCACUGCCGCAAUCCGUCCCGCUCCAGAUUUCACCCAGUCAGGUGGCAACUCCUCCCAGAGCAGCUCACCCAGCUCCAGUGCUCCAAACUCUCCUGCGGGCUCAGGACACAUCCGUCCCAGCACUUUGCACGGCCUCGGCCACAAGCUGCCGGGUCAGAGGCUCCGACAGGGGCGUCGCAAGUCCGCCAGCAGCAUCCCCCUCUCUCCCCUGGCUCGCACACCAUCACCGACCCCUCAGCCAACAUCUCCCCAGCGCUCUCCCUCUCCUCUUCUUAGUGGACAUUCUGUAGCACUUUCUAAGACAACCCCAACCUUCCCAGCCAAGAUACACUCUCCUCCCACCAUCGUGCGCCACAUCGUCUGCCCCAAAAACACUGAGCCUCCUCGGUCGCCCCUCCUCAAGCGUGUCCAGUCCGAGGAGAAGCUGUCCCCAUCCUAUUCAGGAGAGAAGAAGCACUUGUGUCCCAGAAAGCACAGCUUAGAGGUCACCCAAGAGGAAGAGCAGGAUGAGGAGCUGAAGGCUGCUGAGUGGGAUCACGUUGUCCGGCAGAGCUCGGAUGAAACUGCCGGUGAGGCGCUGGCAAUUACCCGAGUGCGGCCUGUUGAGCAAGGCUGCUUAAAGAGGCCGGCCAGCCGUAAGAUGGGCCGGCAGGAGUCUGUGGAGGAGCUCGACAAAGAAAAACUGAAGUCGAAGAUGGUGGCAAAGAGGCAGGACUGGUCAGAGAGGAGGGAGUCUCUGCAGAAACAAGACGCUCUGCUUGAAUCUGACUCAUUUCCGCUACAUAGCGAUGAGAGGGAUGAAGGGCUUUUUGUGCGCAACCAAAACAAAACCCAGAGCAGCACGGACCCUGGCCUGUUGGACUCUAAAGCUGCAAGCUCGACCCUCAAAGAUGUUCUGUUAAAGAAACUGUCCACACGCGUCUCUGAGGGCAUCGCUGAAGCUUCCGGUUGCAGCUGUGAAAGCGAAGGGGCCCCUCGAACAGCCCAGUGCUCCAUCCACCCCGAGAGGCAGCACUGUCGACAGGCUAAAGACGCUCUGAAGUCUGACAGACUGGACUUCAAGGCUCCCAACAUGGAGUUUACCAGGAAGAGGCUGUCAUUUGAAGAACGAGAUGACUGCAUGUGCCGGCUGACGUCUGGCAUCCACGAGAACCUCCACUUAGGCUCUAUGAGGUCUAAGAGUCUGCAGCUGGACACAGCCAUGACUCAUGACCACAUGAAGGCAAGCCUUCACUCAAACCAUGAUGGUCUGGCCUCCAAGCUUUUCUUAGGGAGAGGGGAGAGUGCUGUGGAAAAACUCCAUCUCAUUUCCUCUACAGAGUCUCCUCUAAGAAAGACAUCAUCUGACUAUAAGCUAGAGGGCCGUAACGUUUCCUCUCUGAAGCCUCUUGAAGGGACCCUGGAUAUUGGUUUGCUUUCAGGACCCAGAGUCUCUAAAACAGAAAACAGUUCACCUAAAAUAACAGACAACACUAGCAAUGCUGUUUCUUUGAGUCCUUCAGCUCGGCUUCAAAGCCCAACUGAGAGACAGAAAACCAUCCCCCAGCUGAAAGCCACAGACAAAGUAAAAAGCCCUCUGACUCGUUUGCCAAGCCCUGAAGCUAUUUCUCCUUUAAGUAGCGCUGUUGUCGCCAAGGAGCAGUCAAAUAAUGCAGCUGGAGAAAUAAAAAGUGGUGAAAAAGCACAGGACAGACCUGGAAAAUCAUUAAAGGCUGCGACCUGUGGUGUCAAACAGGAGGGCCGGACUAGUGUGAAGGCCUCCUCUCCGCUGGCUCAUGACCACCGAGGCCCCCGGCACACCUCCCACUUCUCCUCCUGUGGAAAAACACCAUCCAUACGGGAAGUGAGCAAUGAAGAUCAGGAGGACGAAGUGGAGCUGCAGGAAGUCACACCACACACUGCAUCCCAAAGUACUGGCUGCUCUAAAACAGAGGCGUCUUUGACUUCAGCAAAGCUGGAGUCGGACAUUAAAACUCCUACACGAGGGAAGACUCCAGCUACAUCUGGCAGUGAGCUAUUACCUGGUCCUCUGAGGCAAAAUGCAAACUCCGGUUUGGAUACAGGUCAGCUUCAGAACUGUGGAAAAAACCUAAGUGCUGCACAAAACUCAACCAUGACCUCUGUUUCAAAGUUGGUACAGAACGUCUCUGCUUCUGCACAGGCUCCAGAGAAUGUGCUUUCUAAACAAAUUGUUCUAAACAUCUGUUCUUCAAAUACUCAGCCACAAGUUUCUGUCACAGUGUCAGCAUUUGGUGCUGAAUGUGAAAAUAAAUCCAGCACUUUAAAAUCAGAGGGCAGCUGUGAAACAUCUGCUGGUGCAAAUGCUGUGCAAUGCAACAACUCGGCUGUAAAAGUGACAGAAAUCCACCCAUGCAUUGUUAAACUGGAGCAAAAGGAGGAUGUUUGUACAACAAAGCCAGACACCUCACUGCAUACUGCAACAAAGGACAAACUGAAUGUGAACAAAAAGAAUAGCACUGUGGCUGCUGGUGCAGCAGAGGACACACACCAGCAAAAAGACGUUCCCAUUUCACCAAAGAGCACAGGCAGCGUGAAGGAUUUAGAACAGCUGUCCAAAAAACAUCCAGCUGAAAAAGCACAACAUAAAUCUUCUGAUUCCGUAUUUAAGAAAGAAGAUACUGUUGUCAGGGCAAACACUGUGGUCCCCCACGCCAAACUGAAAGGCGUGGUUUCGGCAACUACAAAUGAAAAUCUGUCAAGUCCCAAAAGUAAGUCCAAGCCUGACCUCCAGGCUGCCCCACCCACAUCUGUAAAGGAGACUAAAGCAGCUGAGGUGAGGUCCAACAGCACAGCCCCCACUGUCCAGGCAGCUAAGUGCAAUUCAAACUCAAAACAGAGAGAUUUAUCUGGAGAAUCUGUGACCGAAACUUUCAAUUUGAAAGCAACCCACGACACUAAACUGAAAGAAACCCCAGCAAUGUCCAGAACUGACAUGAAGAAGGAGGUAUGUAUGCAGCAGAAGCAGUCACUGGCUUCCAGUGAUCUAAAGCAAAGAGACACUCGCACCAGAAGUCCUCCCGCAGUAAAAGACAACGCAGACCCAAAGUCAAAAACUCUUCAGCCUAAAACCAUCACACCGUCCACCCUAAAGCAUGCCACAGCCCCAACACCAGUUAGUAAACAACUUCUUGACGCCAAACCUAAGGACCACACACCCAAAGCCCAAGAUCGUGACUCCAAGCCGAAAGACAUCAUCUCGCCUCUCCCCGCUUCUCCUCCAUCUGAUCCUCCGCCAGCGAAAAGAGAAGCAACCCCACCGAGCAGCGCAGCCACCUCUGGCAGGGUGUCCAGCUGUGAGCCUGUGGCCAAGGCAUCAAAGGAGGGCCCCAAGUCUGAAACACUCAAAGUGGACAGUCACAAGACCCCAGAUACCCGAAUUACCACACCCGACAAGCAGGCGCCCUCCGGCCGGAAGGAGCCGGCUGACAAGAAGAAGAGAGAAACAGUUCAAGAGGUCACAUCUGCACAGAAAAACUCAAAAAGAGACUCGUCCAGGGCCUCUCCUUCUGCACUCAGAGACUCCUCAGACAAAGACAGUAGCAGGUGUAAACAGCAGAAGGAGUCACCACGAAGUUCCACCAACAGAAAAUGAAAUCAGUAGCCAACAGAAGAGUCCCUUCAGAGGAUCCAGCUGCAACCAGAUUGUAGAGAGGAUUUGUUCAAGCAUCAUCAUGCCAUUUUAUUUUUGGUUUGUUUUAGGACCAGGCAAGCUGUUACAUGCUGAUGUAGGUGUGUGUGUGUGCGUGUCUGUUUUCUUGGUCUGAAUGUGAGCAACUGAUAACAUUUGAAGUCAUUAUUUUACCCUCGAAUCCAGUGAAUGUUUGGAAAUGUGUGUCCAUCAUUAAAUGCUUUGUGCAAUCAGUCUGUCGAUGGCAGUGGGCGGAGCCUUCCAGAGGCUGCGAUGUGCUGAAGAAUCAGUGCCAUAAAAGAUUUUUGAAUUGCACUCUUGCCUCUGAGCCGGGAUGACCUGAUGUCGAGGUGUUUUAAUGCAGUAGACCGCCCCAUUUGGCUCGGCAGUAUAGCAGCUGUUGGAUUGUCUCCACUCAGUGUGAUGUGGUCGUUUUUUGCGUUGGGUUUUGUGCAGUGGUACACAGAGGGAAUGCACGACAACUUAAAUUACAGAAUCAUGUUCCAGUUCUAAUUCAUGAAUUAGUGAAGGGGCCUUAGAAUUUGUGGGAAAUAAAACGUCUUGCUGUUCUUUGCAAGAUAUGGUGUUUAUUCACAUUCCUCUGACAUCUGUACAUAUAUUUUUGAUUUUUAUGCAAUAUGGUGUAAAUAUGACAUUGUAAAACAGGGAAAUAUGGGCUUACAUGAUUGUCAUUUGUAUUAUAUGUAAACAUUUUGCAGUGUCAUGUUUGUAUGCUUAAUAUUAAGAUGAAAAGCUUGAUUACUGUGUGGUCUAAGGUGAGCUACUGUGAUGUUUUCUCAUCAGAAGUAUCCUCCUCUUUGUGAUUUCUAACAUGUUUUCACAUGUUCCAAAUUGACUUGAAGAGAGAGCAGAGAGGGCACAAGAGGCUAAGUGGGCUAUUUAAAAAAAAAUGUAGCAUUAUAAGACAAAACUGUGAGGGUUUUAAGCGUUUUCCAAGAAUGUUUUUGUUGUUGACCUGUUUGCUGGGUAAAUGCAGUUUGAAGAAUGAAAAAUCUUGUUUGAUUAUUAAAAACGAACCAGUACUUUGUAAGGCACCGACUACUGCAGUAGAUUUUUAGAAAUCUGUGAGUGACAUCCAACAGAUACAAGCUCAAUCCUGCAAGAAAUAUGCGAUCUAAAUCGGUUCAUGUUCUAGUACAUAAAGUGCUUCACUGUCUGGGUGUCUGUGCCGUUUCCAGUCACGUGUCAGUGUGUGGGACAAGCAGGUCUGAAGCUUCACCUGGGCAAAGCUUUAACAAGGAAUCCUGAGUAUUUGCAUUGCAUUGUUCACCCAUGACAUAAAUGUAAUUUUGGUGUGCAAAUGCUUGGUACUAGACCUGUAGGCUGUCAUGUAUCCUAAAUCACUUUCAGCCAAUUAAACACACUUUUUACUAUAGUUGCCUUUAAUUUGCAAAUUUUUAGUGACCUCUACAAAGUAGCCUAGAAAUCUAGAGUUAGCACGACUUUCUCUGUUAAGGAGGCUUUAUAAAAAAAGGUAAUCUCAUCUUCUACACAUAUAAAAACAAUUCAAUUGAUACAUUCUAUAACUAAAUGUUCCAAGCACUCUAAGGAUUGACAGCAGAGAUUUUAAUGUUAAAAGAAUCUGAUGUUUACCUGCAUUAGAUAUUGUAAAUGUAUUGUCAGAGAACAAACGCACCUUAAUAUUUACUGAUAUUCAGUCUGGAUUCUAAGCAACAAAGAAAUUAGCAGCUGAAAGUGAUCUCAACAUUCAUUUUCAUCUUAUAAACUCCCCACCACAAUUUUUUUUUUUCUCUAUGUAGUGAAAGACAAUUUAAUCCUCGAAGCACAUUCAAUGUUUGUUUACAACACAUCAUGGAUGUAUAUUUUGUAUAUUGUUAAUUUGCCAAAUCUGUUCAGUGUCUGAGACGAUGUUGCUUCUAGCCGUGUGUGACUUUACUCCCUUGCCACCAUGUUAUUUGUUUGUGCAGUAUUGGUGUUUUUCAUUCGUCCGGUUCCUCUUUGUUGGCUUGUCUUUUCAGUUUCCUUUUCCUUCUUCCUCUGAGUAAAACUAGUAUUAGAUAAACUCUGUCACAGUGGUUUGUCUUAUAGAAUAUGUGCAAUAAAAGUGUUUUGAGUUUUGUAUUUUGCUCAAGGAAAGCUCUAUGGAUGUCAUAGAUGUUGUAUAUUAACAGAUAUUUAUACUUCUAAUGUUGCGUAAUACUGAAAAUAAAAUGGAAUAAUAAA